UUUCCAGUCUGAGACUGCGGUUAUUCAGCAUCUUGCGGAGCAGGCAUGGAGACGGCGCGCACCGCCAGAGUGCAUGUAAUCUGGACAUGCAUAGCUUUGGUCGUUAUUUUAAUUGCGUCAUGCUUGACAUAUGUUUUUCUGCCGAAGGUGCCGGGAUGCCAAAGAGUUAAUAUCCGCAGUGCUUCUUCUCUGUUCGAUCCGACAGUCACUGAGAGUAUGUUCAGACGUCAACCCUCUCGAGAACAUUGGCUUUUAAAAGCUGAUCAUUGCAGUCAUGAAAGUGGUCAUUUAAAGUGGGAGGAUGAGUGGGCAGAACACAGGAAUGAGAGUAUUCUGGAUCACACACACACGUGGAUAGUCAUUCGAGAGAGUGGUGUUUACCUGGUUUACAUACAGGUCAACUUCAAGUUGAAGACUCAAAUUAACAGCAGCUCUCCUGUAGAGCUUAAACUUCUAGUGGAUUUCAACUACGGUGAGGGUACGCAGAUGUUUGCUGCCGCACAUGACACUCAGCUGGUGAGUGCCAAUACGGUGCAAGAUGCAAAGCUCUACACUUUUCUUCUGAUGAACAUGAAAUCGGCAAACCAAUUAUCAGUGCGAGCAUUUCCAGGUGAGUUGGUGAACAUCGACCCACGACCCUUCUCCACCUAUAUCACUUUCCUUAAAUGGUCAGACAGCUGGUAGACAGUGGAGCAUUGGUGAAAAUAUUGCAUAGAUGAUUGACUGUCCCAGAUGAACACCUAAAUCCAUGUCCGAUUUUAACGGUGGCAACCGUUCUUGCAGUUUAUAUUCCUGUUAAGCUUUAAACUAAAAAUUUCAACAUGUGGUAUCAAGAUCAAACCUCUGAGAUCUUCCAGCUGUUGUACUAGGAAAUGCGCGUUGACAUUAACAAGGAUUGCGUAGGGGUUGUGAUACUUUCUUGGUGUUUUUUUUUUCUUUCUUUCUUUUAUUUCCUUUCGAAACAUGAAGAUCACAUCUCAUGAUCUUCUCAGAAGUAUGACACAUUUUCCUCUCAAGUGAUAUAUAAGUGAGCUUUGUUUUGUUUCAGUUUUUUAUGAGUCAAAAUGAAAAAGGGCAAGAGGUACUGUUGAUGCCUGACUUUGAAGAGACUGUACUAAGUACGUCAACAUAACGGAUGUCAUCACUGCCAAAAAACAAAUACAAACAAUGUUGUAUUCCAAAACAGAAGUAGUACUCUAAUUCAGAGUGAGUGAGUAGUUUUUCAAUGAAAUGCAUUUUCAUAUAUAACCACAGAGUAUUUUAAUCAUCGACAGCUGAAUGUAACAACCUCUAAUGACAUCCUAUCUUCACAUUUUGUCAAAUCAUAUCAAUGUAUGAUGAUGUAAAUGAUAAAUGUGUCAUAAAAAUAUUUAAGGCUAUAGAGCCUUAAGGCUAUAAAUUUGUGCUUCUAUAAGGCAAGAAACCCAGCAUUGUUAUUUAUAUAAAUACAAGUUAAAUAGAUGAUAGAUGAAUAUGAUGGAAUGUUUUCUGAUGGCUGGUCUUGGUAUUGAUUUUUAUGUUUUUUGUUUUUCACACGGGUUACCACUAGUUAUAUACUGCUAGUGAGUCACACUAAUCCAAUCAGUCAAGCAAGCAAGCCAUAUUAAGCUGAUCAACAUCAACUGGUUUCAUAAGAAUAAGACACUGGAAUGCUUUUUCUCCAGCAAGUGGAGCAAGCCAAGUUUUUUUUUUUUUUUUUUUUAGGAAAAAUUAAGGUAAAUUACCAUACAGUUUUUAUAUUCAAAUAGGCCAAGGCAGUUGGUCAC